ACUUGGCAUUAGAACAUGCGUCGUGAUGACUCCCUUGCUGGGUGUCACGUGGUUAUUUGGACUCCUUUCGCCUGCACACAAAACUUUCGCCUACAUUUUCACCGUACUCAACUCCACUCAGGUGAGUUUUAGUCCUACUUUUUUUAUCCAUUUAAAAACAUUUUUGCUAUGGUCAGAUGACAUCUACUACGGUAACUACAAAAUAAGACAUACGAUGAUGAAGCUAAGAAAAAAGAAAGAAAAAAGAGAAAUAUACUUUCUACUGCUUUUUUGUCAUUCUCGUAACUUAAGAGGUUAUAUGGUGUGAUUGAUUAAACUUAAUUCACUAUACUCUAAGAUAUUAAAACAAAAACUAAAAAGAAAACAAACAAAGAAAACAAAACCUCUCUUUUAUCUAACCUGAAUUGCAUACUGUAAAAAAAAAUGACCCUGAAAACGAGUUCCUUUGUUUUUUAAGGGUUUCCUGAUUUUCAUUCUUCACUGUGUGCGAAAUGGUCAGGUAAGUUUAAUUUUAAAAGAAUAAAUAUGGUGUAGAUAACGAGGUUUUAAAAAUUUACUAUACAAGUGUAAAAGGAUACAUUGGUAUGCCUUCUUUUCCUUAGAUUAGAGUAAGAAAAAGAAAGCUUUCAAAUUACUUGUUUAUCUGCAGAUUAAAGAGUGAUUCAAUAGAAAGAUGAAUAUGAUAUUUCCAUCCGAAAACAUUGGAAACUCCACAAAGAAGAGCUCACAGGU